AGUGAAGAGAUAUAUCAUCGCAGCAGUGACGACAAACGAUACCAGCGCCACGUGUUUGAAAACGUCAAGAAUUUCUGAAUUUAGGAUUACGAGAGACAGUUGCGCUGAUUGUUAUAACGUUAAUUACUUCAAAAGAUAUUUUAUUUAGUCAGUCGCUUAACCAUUAAAAGGUAAAAGUCAAGAACGAAUGUCUAAUAAAAGUUUCCCAUAUAAAUUUAGUGAUUCUAAGUAGUUUAUUCUGUUACACAUACAACAAAAUAAAAUAUUUAUUCAUCGUCUACAUCAGCUUCUUCUCAGAUUAAUACGUUCAAAUGAUUACGUAUUAUUAUCGAAAGAUAUAAAAGGGACGUAAGAAAAUUUCCAAAGCUGUAUAAUAGUGGUGUAUACGAAAUAAAUAUCAGUCACAGGACGUUAUCGACAAAACUGUCAAGUCUUUCAUAUUAUCUCAAUUUCAUCGAAAAAUUCCACAUCAACGACUAAUAAUACUGAUGAUAGGUCAAUGUAAAUUCAUUGUUAAAAAUAGCCAUAACAAAAAAAAAUGGUAUUCGAAAAUUAUGACUUUCAAUGAAUUAUAAUGAAGUUAUUAUUUUAUUUCAAGUAUACAUGAAAUGGAAUCUUUUGAAUAAUGUAUAAAUUUACUCAUUACAAGAGUCGUUAAACCGCAUGGGAAGUAGAUAGAGACAAGUGGUAUAAGAGAGAGCUUUUUUCUCAGUUAAUACUAAAAUAGAGUGAAAAUGAAAAUAGGAGAAGGGUGCAUAUGUGACUUGAGACACGACUGAGAUGUACAGUUUGCUGAGCCUUGUUUCUACGUUCACAGUUGGUGGUGAGCAUCUGCGAGUAUCGCGUAUGGUCGCGUAGGUGCCUCCAUGGUCGGACACAGUCAGGCAGCAACAAGAAGUAGGACCAGUAGGAUCAGAGUUGAUCGGAGCUUCACAGCGCAACGAACUUGAGAGUAGGAGACCAGUACCUCAGCUGAUUCCGUGUAUAUACUACAAGUAUAGUCAAUUUCUGGGAUGCAAUGGUAGCCGGUUUUUCAGUGUAGUGGCUGUCAGUGAAAAUGUGAUGUGCGCGGGCGUGUAUCACAUACUCCUUUAUCAUCGUGUUAGUAAUCUACAUCCAUCUAUACCUGUGUAGAGUACACGGCUCCGUACUCACAGCCACGCCAGUAUAUAUACAGACUAAGUGAAAAAAAAAGAAGCGAGCUUGGUUAUUUCUUAUGUGCAGUGUUUGUCAAAGUAUAUAUCUGUAUGAUACGUUUGAAUGCUAGUGAAGUGUAAAAAAAAAAGGAAGGAAGUGAUAUGUACGCGUGUGGAAUUAAAAACAUGUGGUUUGAGAAGAUGUCAAUAAUUUGGUGGAACGUCGUCGUCGUAGUCAUCGGAGACUCGCGGCUUAUGCACGUGUUUCAGAAGCAUUAUGAAGAAAGUCGGAGAUUUAUAGUUUAAAUAAAAGUCUUCUUCGAAUAAAAUAAGAAAAUAUCGUGGAAAGAGAAUGCUCGGAAGUUGGGGGUGGGAAGAAAAAUUGGAGCUGGGAGUUACCGAGAGUAUUACUGAUACUUCGGUAUUGUUAUUAAAUAAUCCAAAAAUAAUUGAUUAUUCAGAAUCAACGCAUCUGAUUCCCGAGAGUCGGGUGUUGAGGUAUGCACCCAGUAGUUAUCACCAAUUUGCCGAAUUUAAAUCACUGCAUCCCAGUAUCGAGUCUUCCGACGACUUUGUGGAUUUGUAAAGUGGAAAAAAUGCUGACAACACGUCCAGAGAUGCAUGAGAAACGUGAUAUGCCAAGUGACGGUGCAACAAUGGAGGAGAAAAUGUUAAUAAACCAACAACCAACACCACCGCAACGUGAUCCAUCAGAUCCGACAAUCAGUGCGAAAAAACUUCCAAAGAAACGUAAAUUUGACUAUGCUGAACUUGAAGAAAUGGACAAAUCAAAUAAUGUAGUCAGCAUGGUGAAUAUAAAACCUGGUUGUGGUGGACAACAGUCAAUAGUACAAUCUAGUGGUUUGCAAAUACCACAUACAAUAUCAUCAUUGGCUCAACCUCAGAAUUCACCACAUCAUCUUCAUCAUCAUCAACAGCAGCAGCCGCAGCAACAGCAACAACAACAACAACAACAGCACCACCAUCAACAGACUGACUGUUAUCAACCAACACAGUCAGUAGUAGUGCAAACGCCUCCUCAAAGUACUGCAGUCGAUUAUUCGUUAAGAGAUGAGUCUUCUCGAUCGCGACCACGACCUACUCCUAUAACAAUUGAUCUCAGUGAAUGGCGCGAUCACCGUGUAUUAGCUUUAAAACAAUCUCGUUAUUAUCCCGGUGUGAUAAGAGAAGCUAAUGAACAUGGUCACAUUAUUGUUAAAUUUGAUGGUAAACAUGAAUUAUGGAUGAGAUAUAGUGAUGUGCUUGGUGUAGGAAAAUAUGAUAUUAUUGGCGAUGCUAGUCCUUCGGUAGGACAAGUUAAAAUGGACGCUAAAGUUUGUGUGCGAGAUCCAAGCUCUUCAACUAGUGUAUUUAUCGUAGGGACUGUGUGCAAGAUAUUAACAAAGCCUUGUCGCUUUGUCGUUGAAAUUACGCAGGAUGAACAUAAAGGUGAAACUAUUCAUGUUAAACGCGCAGAUUUAAGACUUAUUCAACCACCAUGGUGGGAUGAACUUGAAGAGGGUAUGGCGGAAUGUGAUUCUAAAAGAAUUGAUACUGCUGUCGAUCAUGGAUUUAGAAAUUCUAUUGAUUCUUCAGUACAACUGUCAAUGCUACAGCAAUAUCAUCAUAGCCCUCAUUUGGCAAGUCACAAUGAAUCUAGCGGUUAUUAUCGUACAACUGCUACCAGUCCGCUUAUGCCCUUAAAUACGACGCAUAUUGCGUCAAAUACUGCUUUGAGUAACGGAAGUAGACCGUAUGAUGAUUUAGAAAGUGAAGAUGAUUUAGAUAGAGAGGAUAUAACAUUUCCUUCUGAUGCAGAUGCAAAAUUAUCAGGAAGCAGUAAGCGAAGUAGUAUGCAGAGUCGUGGCAGUACCAGUAGCUUAGUUGAGCAACGCAGCAUAACUCCUCGUUCUCAGGCAGCUACACCCAGAUCUCAGGCGGCAACGCCACACAAAUAUAAAAAGGGUGAUGUAGUUGCUACGCCCAAUGGAAUUAGAAAAAAAUUCAACGGUAAACAAUGGCGUAGACUUUGUAGUAGGGAAGGAUGCUCAAAAGAAAGUCAACGUCGUGGUUACUGUUCUCGUCAUCUAAGUCUUAGAAGUUCAGGCCUUCGUGGGCCCACAAAUACCAAUUUUCAUGGUGGUGGUGAAGAAACUUCAAGAGAUUCCGAUACAUCACCAAAUUAUAGUGAUAGAAGAAUGACGGGUAGAUUUGAUCAAGAAGAAACUGAAGCUGCUAAUAUGCUUGUAUCAUUAGGUACAUCUCGUUCUGCAACACCAGCAUUUUCAUCGCCUACUGCUCAAUCUUCUAUAUCUCCUUGUAUCAAUCAAUCACCAGUUCCACCUCUUGGUUUAAAUCAAAACAAUGUUUUCAUGCCUAUAUCCAGUCCGGCUCAUCAUCCAACUUCUCUCAUUUCACCUGGAACUAAAUGGAAACAUUCUCCAACACCUCAAUCUAAUUCAACUGUACAAUUUCAACAAGUUAUUAAACCAGAACCAAAUCGUAUGGUGCGACCAAACCGACCAGCACUAACAGCACCUGCACCGACAAGUAUGAGUACUAGUGUUAUUCGAAUGUCGCCUGUUGGCCGUGGAAUGCCAAUUCAAGGUCUUUCUCUAUCAUGGACUGAUCAAUGUAAUCAGUCUACUACACGACAUUCAUCUGUUGUAACGUCUAUAAAUCAACAACAGCAGCAGCAACAACAACAGCAACAACAACAACAAGGAAUAAUCCUUCAAAGUGCUUUAACAUCUAAUAAUGGAUUUUCUAAUCAUCCUGAAAUAAUUGAGCAAAAUACCCAAUUGUUGAAAACUCCAAAUUCACCACAUAUUGCACUUUCAGUGCACUCAUCACCAAAUGUAAAUCUCAUACAUAAAUCUCAAGAAGUUUCUAUUGAUUACGGUCAACAGAAUCAAAUUUAUGGAAUUCAACAGCAACACCAUAUUCAUUCACAGUCUCAACAAUUACCAUUACAACAAACGUCCCAACAACAACAGCAAUCAUUAUCAUCACAACAACAGUCACCAUUGCAAUCUCAACAGCAAUCGUUGGCUCAAUCACAAAUUCAACAUGAUAAAAAAUAUAUCGUUAUAAAAAAUGGAACUGAUGUACCAGUACCUGGACAUAGUAGUCAAGAUGAAAAGUAUCGGCAAGGUACCAUGAUAAAUCAUUUAGAACAGGUGCAACAACAAUUACAUCAGUCAACAUGCCAGUCGUCGCAAUCAAUCGUGAUACCAUCAUCCAUUCACACUGAUAAAACUUUAGUAAUGACACAGCAAACAAAUAAAGUUGGGCUUCAUGGGUCGGGACACGAUGAUUUACAAAAGAAUCAGCCGCUAUCAACAAGUGUCGUUAUAUCAGCAGCAACAUCAGUAACAAAUACGUCAGCACCUACUAGUGUCUACCAACAUGUUAUUGUACAACCCAGUCAUGUUGUUCAAGUAUCAAAAUCUUUACCUCACGCUGCUGAGGAUAAUGUUAAAAGCAAUGGAGUUGUGUAUGGCAGUCACAAAGUAUCUUCUGGAUACCCGUCUCACCCUCCACUAUUACACAGUAAUGCAGUACGCAAUUGGAAAAAAGCUUUUUCCUACCAGACAACCGUGGUGGUAGACCAGCCUGAAGUAAGUCCACCACCAUCAGCAUUGAGUCCGCCUCUUAGUGCUCCACCUAUACCACUUAGUAUUGGAAAUUCAGGUGAAGAGCAACAACUUACGUGUCCUGUACCAGAUCCAAUAACUCCGGCUGAGGAAGAAGAUGAUGAUGUUUUUGAUACCACUGAACCAACUACUCCUGCUGAAGUAGAUAAUAAUUCAAAUAAACGUCGUAGUCAAUCUCUUAGUUCUUUACAUACUAAAGAACCUCAAAGUCCAUUAAAAACUAAAGAUCGUAUAAGACGUCCUAUGAAUGCAUUCAUGAUAUUUUCAAAGCGCCAUCGAGCAGUUGUACAUCAAAGACACCCUAAUCAAGAUAAUCGAACUGUUUCGAAGAUUCUUGGUGAAUGGUGGUAUGCACUGGGAGCUGAAGAAAAACAAAAAUAUCAUGAUUUGGCAUCAGAAGUAAAAGAAGCUCAUUUUAAAGCUCAUCCAGAUUGGAAGUGGUGUAGUAAAGAUAGACGAAAAUCAUCAACAACAAGUUUUAAAGGAAAUGAAACUAGAUCUAAAUUAAACAGUACCGGUGAGGAAACUGAUACUGGUGGUCCACCUAGUGAAGAUGUACCAUUAACUCCACGUGCCACGGAUGAAAUUUAUGUUCCUGUCGCAGCAGUUUAUAAUGAAACAACAAAUACAGAGAGUAACAUCAAUCAGACACAUGUAUCUCAACGAGUACACGAGCAUCAAAUACAGACCGAUAACUCUGAUACGGUGAAACAGGAAGAGGACGGUAAUGCAUCUGAUGACGAUCAAAAAAUGGUUAUUUGCGAAGAUCCUCAAUCAGAUGUAGAAACCCAGAAAUCUAAUAAUAAAAUGAAUGAAGAUGACGUUGGUGUUAAAGAAGAAGAGGAAGGAGAAAAUUACAUUAAUCAAUCGAGAUAUUCGCCUACUAGCGGUCAAAAUAGAGAAGGUUUGAAUAUUACUUCAGAAAUCACUUGCCGUCCUAAACCAAUUAAAGGUACUGAAACUACGACAAAAUAUCAUCAUACAUCAAUGGAUAAAGGAGGCACUGUAUCAGUAUUGUCUACUUAUCCUUAUCACAGUCCUGUAAAUCCUACUGGAGUCUCAGGAUUUCAACCCAAGGGAGGCGCUUUUAUUACAAUGCCAAUAUCACCUAAAGUCGUCAAACCGGAACCCAUAAAAGGGGAUCAGCAAUUUUCUACACAAUAUAGUGUGAACAAUUUAGUGUCAAAUGUUCACAAUGAAAAUGGCAGAAACGUGUCUAAAUUUAUGUCUGCAUCUGUUUUACACUCGAUUGGAUCUAAACCGAUGAUGGCUGUGCUCAAGCAACAGCCUUUGCAGACUUCAAGUACUACCCACCGUCCCCAAACAUCAAUCGCUCCCUAUCAACCCCCGCUUACUCUUAGAGUUCUGAAUAAUGAUUUGGUGGCAUUUUCAAAGCAGCCACAAGGCCCCCAGUAUCUCGGACCAAAUUCUCAACAUCAACGUAUUUUUAUGCCUGGUUUUCAGAUUCCUAUUGCUGAUGUCGGAGCUUCAAAUAUAUCACUACAAAAUUUUGUUACUACCAGUAAAGUAGAAACGCCUAGUGUUAUUGUGACAAAAACUCACGUCAAUGUUAAUUCUAAUACUUCCAAUCCACCACCAUCAAAUAAUCGUGAAAUUGGUCAUUCAAUUGCACGACUUGCAGAAUCAGAAAAAAAAGAAAAUUUGUCAUCAACAAAUCAUCUUCAAUAUUGUAGUAAUAACCUGAAAGUAGAACAAGAAAGAAAGGACACCAAUCACUCGAUUACCAUAGGAAGUGAAAAACACCAACAUAAUCAAUCAUCGUCGACGACUCAUCCUCCUCACACACCUCAUACGCCUCAUACUACGAACAGUCAAAGUGGCAAUAAUUCUAUCCAAUGUGUUUCAUUCACAAUGGAGGAAUCUACGGUUAGAAAUAAUGAUAUUAGUCAAAUUAAAGGUACAUUUAUGCUCGCUCCAACACCUGCUCAACUUGGUCGUGCUCCAUUACAACGAAGACAGUCAUUAGCCGUACCUCCUCCUGUAUCAUGUGCAGAUCAUGGAUCUACAUCUCAACACUUUGAUAAUCGGCAAAAAAAUAUAACUAAUUUAGAAACACAACAGCAAAAUAAUUUUAAUGAACCUCUUGCAUCUCCUUCACCAUCCAAUAAAAAAGGUUCAUUUUUCAAGAAGAAUGUUGGUGAUGGAAUGGAUAGAGUUCUCGAACAAGUGAACUUUCAAGAGAAAUUUUCAUCAUUACCUGAAUUCAAACCCGAAGAUAUACAGAGUCCUAAUUCAAUUACUAUUAAUACACCUGCUGGAUCUGCCGUUCAUACCCCUGCAACAGCUAAUCUUCAUUCAUCAAAUAUAUCGUCAUUACAGAAUUGUCGUAAAAAAUCUGGUCAAGGAUCUCAUCGUUUAUCAGUCAAUGAAGAAGAUAUCGAGUCUGACGUGUCUGCAACUCCAAAAUCGACUACCAGUGUUAAAUUAACUGGGAAUACAUUCUUUGGCCCAGACUUCAAUGUCGAAGCAUUUAGAUUAAAUCCCGAAUUAAGUGGUGAUGUAGAAAAUAACUCUCCAAGAACACCAAAAACUCCAAGUGGUGGUGUAAAUAGUGCAAAUAGUCGAACAGAUAAUGAAAGAGGACCUAGAAAGGUUUUGGAACGCCGUAGACAAUUAGUUAUGGAAUUAUUUCACGAUCAAGGCUAUUUCCCAUCCACACAAGCAACUUCGAAUUUUCAAACUAAACAUUCUGAUUUAUUUCCCAAUAAAUCAAGUUUGCAAUUGAAAAUUCGAGAAGUCAGACAGAAGUUAAUGGCCAGCACUAUGUCAAAUUCGAAUAAUCUCGUCAGUCCAUUACCAACGUCGGAACCAUCACCUAAUAAUAAUAAUAAUAAUAAUAAUAAUAAUAAUAAUAAUAAUAAUAAUAAUAAUAACAAUAAUAGUAAUAAUAACAAUAACAACAAUAAUGGAUCUGGACUCGUUUGUUCAACAACAACAACUACCACAACUACAACAUCAACAACAAUGGGAGCUCCACAAUCGUUACCUGUCAGCAGCAAUAGUAGUAGCUAGCAGCACCCAUGUACCAACUGUGAUACUUUAAAUACUCUUGCAUCUCAACACGAGUACAUAAUAAUUCUUUAAAAAAAUACGAUUCUUAUGCGAAGAACAAUUUUUCAAUGAACGUGAAAACCGAUUUUUUAGAAAGUAAAUUUAUAUUCGGUUUUAUUAGUGCAAUUUUACGUGGAAAAAAAUCGCUAAUGAUAAUAACUGAUGUGCGGCAAAUGAAAAUAAAUUUUCAACGAGUGUUCAUACAUUGUUAAGCCUUUUAAAUCUUGCUUGGUUGAUUGUAUAAAAAAGUAACUUCUCACUGGAAAGUUAAAAAUAUUCACUAGAGAUAUUAUUUACUAGCCUGGAAAAAAGAUGUAAAUAUGAAAAAUAUUUUACAAUAGUGAAAAAUAUUAAUCAAUAUCUUAAAGAGUUACUGACUAACAAAUGUAUACAAAUGUUGUGUUGUUUCACGACUAUUUGUCUUUUAUACACAUAAUAAUUUUAUAAAUGAAACUGAUAGUUGUAAAUUAGCAUGCUCUAGUAGUAAAUUGAGAAGGCCUAGAAUAUUAAUAAUUGUUAAACAGUGCAAAAAAAUGUGUCGUGAAAUCGAAUAUUAUCUUGGCAAAUAACAAACUGUAAUUUUCAAAAUUAUUUUAUUCAUCUCAAAAAGUAACAUUAAAAAAUCUCAUUGUAUCAAAGUAUAUAUUAUUUAGUUGAUAUUCGAUGCUAUUAUAGUUAAUGGAAGAAUUUUGAAGCCGAGGAAAAAAAAUAUUACAUAAAAUUAACACAACAGCAAUUGUGUUCAUGGUAUUUUAGUGCAUAUAAAUUGGAUAAUUGGCCGAAAAGCUAACAAAAAAAAA